GUGGAUCCACCGCAUCGCUCGACGUCGACGCAUUCAGAUGGUCGAGCUUACGUUAGGUGGGGCGGGCAAAGGAGUGUUAUGACAGGCCCAGGGUUCAGCGUCGACAAGACCCUGCAGCAGCCAUGAUCUCGCGGGCGGUCAGACGACUAGCCGUAUAUAGAGUAUCAUCCCUGAGAGCUUGCCUUCCAUCCACGAGUCCCUUCUUAACAAGUCAGCUACACCAGUCAGUACCUCUUUCUGCUACACCUUUCCACGUCACCGUACGCAAGCGAUCCAACAUGGUCAAGCCAGACAACGAAGUUAUCGAAGAGUUCAACGAGCUCGUCAACAUGUCGGCCUCCGAGCUGGAGAAGUGGCUCAAGACGGAGUCGUCCGAGUCGGCAGGCUGGGGCGGCGAGUCCGGCGAGACAGUUGGGCACGACUCUGGCCGCAAGAUUGUCGACAUUCUGAAGCGUAACCCGAAGAAGGAGGCAGACAAGUACACGGAAGAGGACAUUCAGCACAUGCGAAAGGUCGUCUCGUACAACAAGAGGCACCUGGCUCAGGAGGAGAAGAUGAAGGAGACAAAGAGCAAGGAGGAGCUGGAGAACACCAAGAGUGUGAGGAGCCUGAGGAACUGGGGCCACGACCCUCUGAAGAACAUGUAGGCGGC